AUGACGAUCAUGAGAAGCUCGGUUCCCCCCCGAAUGUCUCCAAUCAUGGAGCGAGAAGACAGCGAGGAAGACUUCUGUCCUUCUUCUGUCCCCAUAACACACUUCAACACCAACAACAGCAACAACAACGAAGAACAAGACAAGAAGAAGAAAGCAAAGAAGGAGAAAAAAGACAAAAGAGAAAAGAAAGAGAAGAAAAAAAAGAAGGAGCAGAAGGAGCAGGAGAAUGAGAAAGAAAAGGAGAAAGAGAAGGAAAAGGGGAAGGAGAAGGAAAAAGAAAAGGAGAAGGAGAAAGAGAAGGAGAAAAAAGAAGGGCCGAAGGAGCUGUUUGUGAUUAAUCCGGCCAGUAACCUCUACUACCAGUGGCUGCUGCUCAUCACGCUGCCCGUCAUGUACAACUGGACCAUGAUUAUUGCGAGAGCUUGCUUUGAAGAGCUACAGCAUAAAUAUCUCUUCACAUGGUUCUUCCUGGAUUACUUCUGUGACCUGCUGUACCUGGCUGACAUGGCCUUCAGAACAAGAACCGGAUAUCUAGAGCAGGGUUUACUUGUCAAAGAUCAGAAGCUCCUGAUCAAGCAGUACACAGACAGCAGUCAGUUCAAGCUGGACGUCAUCUCCAUGGUUCCCACCGACGUGCUGUACUUCAUCCUGGGACUGGACUACCCCGAGAUCCGCAUCAACAAGCUGCUGCGCCUCAACCGCAUGUUUGAGUUCUUCGACCGUUCUCAGACUAUGACCAACUACCCCAAUAUCUUUCGUAUCUGCACUUUGGUCAUGUAUAUCAUCAUCAUCAUCCACUGGAACGCAUGCCUCUACUUCUCCUUCUCCAAAUCGAUCGGUUUUGGUGCAGAUCCCUGGGUCUACCCGGCACUCACGGAGCCUGAAUUUGGGGACUUGUUGAGGAAGUACUCUUUCAGCUUGUACUGGUCCACACUGACUCUCACCACCAUCGGGGAAACACCUUCUCCUGAGCUGGACUCAGAGUUCCUCUUCCACGUCAUAGACUUCCUGGUUGGUGUCCUGAUCUUUGCCACCAUUGUUGGGAAUAUCGCAACAAUGAUCUCCAACAUGAACGCGGCCCAAGCCCAGUUUCAGGCUCGCAUCGACAGCAUCAAGCAGUACAUGCAUGUGCGUCACGUCAGCAAGGACCUGGAGAAGCGCGUCAUCAAGUGGUUUGACUAUCUCUGGACCAAUAAGAAGGCGCAAGAUGAAAGGGAGGUGCUCAGGUACCUGCCGGACAAGCUGCGAGCUGAGAUUGGUAUGAACGUUCACUUGGAUACACUGAAGAAGGUAAGGAUCUUCGCAGACUGUGAAGCGGGACUGCUAAUUGAGCUCAUCCUUAAACUUCGUCCUCAGGUGUUUAGCCCCGGUGAUUACAUCUGCCGCAAGGGCGACAUCGGCCGCGAGAUGUACAUCAUCAAGGAGGGAAAACUGGCUGUGGUGGCAGAUGACGGCAUCACGCAGUUUUGUGUUCUGGGUGAUGGAAGUUAUUUUGGUGAGAUCAGCAUCCUGAAUAUCAAAGGCAGCAAAGCAGGGAACCGCAGGACAGCUAACAUCCGCAGCAUCGGAUACUCAGACCUCUUCUGCUUGUCCAAGGAUGAUUUAAUGGAAGCUCUGACCGAGUACCCUGACGCCAAAAGCAUGCUGGAGGAAAAGGGGAGGCAGAUCCUGAUGAAAGAUGGUCUGAUUGACCUGGAUCCGGCCAACCUGAAGCCAGACCAGAAGGACCUGGAGGACAGAGUAAACCGAAUUUAUAACACCAUGGAGCUGAUGCAGGCCAAAAUCAAGAAACUGCUCGCAGAUUACAAGAAAACAGAGCAAAACCUGAAGGAGCGCAUUGCUCAGAUAGAACGUUGCACGGGGGAGGAGGUGGAAGAGGAUGAGGAUGAAGACGAGGAGCAGAAGGAGGCGAAGGAAGAUGCAGCACCAGAGCAAGCCAAGGAGGAGAAGAAAGAUGAGGACAAAAAAGAGCUAAAGGUCUCUGGAGCUAAAGGGCAUCGGUUCUGCCCAGCGCUCGUCUGCAGCGUGGAGCACUCGGACCUCCUGACAUUUGAGAGAACCCGCCCCGGAGCAGCAUUUCAUCUGGGACUCUUAUCCUCUGCUCCACCCACUGCUCCACCCACUGCCCCUGCCCCACCCACUGCCCUCACUGUAUCCUCUGCUCCACCCACUGCUCUGCCCACUGACCCUGCCCCACCCACCGCCCCCACUGUGUCCUCUGUGCCACCCACUGCUCCGCCUAGUGACCCUGCACCACCCACCACCCUCACUGUAUCCUUUGCUCCACCCACUGCUCCACCCACUGACCCUGCCCCACCCACUGCCCUCACUGUAUCCUCUGCUCCACCCACAGCUCCGCCCACUGACCCUGCCCCACCCACCACCCUCACUGUAUCCUCUGCUCCACCCACUGCUCAGCCCACUGACCCUGAUCUACCCACUGCCCUCACUGUAUGCUUUGCUCCACCCACUACCCCCCUGCCAAACCAACUACCCUCAUUGUGUCCUCCCACUGCCCUGCCCAUUGCCCCAAUCAGCAAGUCGAGCCCUUGUCACACUGAUGAGUCUCUCCAACAACAGAUGUGGGCAGAAGCCAGACGCAGGAGGAAGAGUCUUUCCUGCACUCUGAUCCACAGCAUCAGGAUCAGGAUGUUAACCCCUUCCUUUCCCUCCAUCCGUCUUGUCUCUGUGAGUAAACACCUGUCACAGCCGGACCUCUGCGUGACUCCCGGCGGCCACAUGGUCCUCAAAUACUCCUGGUGA